UAUUGAUGGUCUAUUUCUGAAUGAUGGUGGUGACUUCAUUUUGGAAAGAGAAAUAUGUUGUCGAGAGUAAGAAGAACUGGGACUUGUUUUACAAACGCAAUGGUGUUCGAUUCUUUAGAGACAGAUAUUGGACUUUGAAUGAGACUUCAGAAGAUGGAUUUUAUGAUCUUCUUAAAAGUUGGACGCAUCUUGCAGAAAGUGAAGGGCGUGCUCUGUAUAUGUUGGAAGUAGGUUGUGGAGUUGGAAACACGUUAUUUCCCAUUCUAAGUUUAAACAACUCCAUUUACUUCUAUGCUUGUGAUAUUUCUGAAGAAGCCGUUCGACUGUUACAAGACAACCCAGCCUUUGAUUGCAAGCGCAUUCACUGUUUCGUGAGUGAUGUUUCUAAAGAACCUUUGAAAAACCAUGUACCACUUGAAGCUCAACUUGAUGUUGCAAUAUUAUUCUUUUCACUUUCGGCUAUGACACCGACGCAGCACAAAAUUGUUAUUGAGAAUAUAUGCAGCGUAUUAAGACCCGGAGGUUGGAUAUUAUUUCGAGACUUUUGCAAAGGUGACUUGGCAGAGAAACGGUUUUCAAAGGAAAAUCAACUCGAAGACCAGUGGUUUGUCCGUCAAGACGGAACUUUUUCCUAUUUCUUUCGCAUAGAUCAAGUUCAGGAGUUGUUUGAAUCGCAAGGAAUGAAUACAGAAAAUCUAAAGACUGUCGAAAGAAGAAUAGAAAACAGGAAGCUGGGAAAGAAAAUGGAACGACGCUGGUUACAAGACUGCUUUCAAAAGAAAGUGUCCGUAUAAAAUAUGUAUUUUCGUAUAUUCGGGGAAUAAAUCUUAACUCAAACUAUCCAGAAAGUGGCUGUUUGUAGAAAGAGUUGAGAAUAUAUUAUCAAACUUUUGGAUUUGUUAAAAAGUGUUGUUUCACU